AGCCGAAACGCAGUGAGCUUGGCUCAGCUCAGCUGCUGGCUGCCGUACCCCAUCAGUCGUCAGUCACCAGCAGUAUCACUAUCAAAUUAUCGUCAGCACUGCAGCUAUGGCUAGCUCACUACUAAGGCGAGAGUACUACCGGGUGUUGAGGAGAGUGCUGCUGCCCUCCACCAGACAUGGACCACCCACUUUUUUGUUGGCUGGGGUGAAGCACUGCUCUGUUUACACCACUGAUCCCAUCAACCACAAGGAGCCCACCUUCAACAAGAUCCUUGUUGCCAAUCGUGGGGAAAUUGCAUGUCGUGUAAUGAAGACUGCAAGGAAAAUGGGAAUAAAGACUGUUGCCAUUCAUUCUGAUGUUGAUUCUAAUGCUCCCCAUGUGAAGCUUGCAGAUGAAGCAGUGUGUGUUGGCACUGCACUGGCCAGUGACUCCUACUUGCGCAUGGACAAAAUCAUUGAAGCCAUUAAGCAGACAGGUGCUCAGGCAGUGCAUCCUGGUUAUGGCUUCCUGAGUGAGAAUGCUGAGUUUGUGCAGAAGCUGGAAGAUCUAGGAGUGGCUUUUGUUGGGCCUAAUGCUGCAGCUAUUGUUGGAAUGGGAGACAAGUUGGAAUCAAAGAGACUGGCAAUGGCUGCUGGUGUUAACACUAUCCCAGGUUUUGAUGGCAUAGUGAAGGAUGCAGAGGACUGUGUGCGGAUCAGUCGUGACAUUGGAUACCCUGUGAUGAUCAAGGCUUCAGCUGGAGGUGGUGGUAAGGGCAUGAGAAUUGCCUGGAAUGAUGAUGAGGCACGUGACGGAUUCAAACUAUCUAGUAUGGAGGCAGCAUCAAGCUUUGGUGAUGAUCGUAUUCUGGUGGAGAAGUUUGUAGACAAUCCAAGGCACAUUGAAAUACAGGUGUUAGGUGACAAACAUGGCAAUGCUAUUUAUCUCAAUGAACGUGAGUGCUCCAUUCAGCGCCGUAACCAGAAGGUGAUAGAAGAGGCACCAAGUGUGUUUCUAGAUGAAGCAACACGCCAAGCUAUGGGGCAGCAGGCAGUUGCCCUGGCCAAGCAGAUUGGUUACUCCUCAGCUGGAACUGUUGAAUUCCUUGUAGACUCUAAGAAGAACUUUUAUUUCCUGGAAAUGAACACAAGACUUCAGGUGGAACAUCCCAUCACUGAGUGCAUCACUGGUGUUGAUCUGGUCCAUCAAAUGAUCAGAGUUGCUAAAGGUCACCCUCUGAAGUUGUCCCAGAAUGACAUUUUCAUCAGGGGUUGGGCGAUUGAGAGCAGAGUGUAUGCUGAAGAUCCAUUCAAAAACUUUGGUCUUCCUUCAAUUGGGAGACUAUCUAAAUACCAGGAACUACACUUACCUAAGGUGAGAUGUGACAGUGGAGUGGAGGAAGGAAGUGAGAUCAGCAUAUACUAUGACCCCAUGAUCUGCAAGUUGGUCUGCUAUGGGGAUAACAGGGAGGAGGCUAUUCAGCGCAGCAUUCAGGCAUUAGAUGCUUAUGUAAUUAGAGGAGUCACGCACAACAUCCCACUCCUGCGAGACAUUCUUACAGAGGAAAGAUUUGUGACUGGCAACAUUUCCACCAACUACCUGCCAGAGGUGUAUCCAGAAGGGUUCAAGGGCAAACAAGUCUCACCAAAGGAAAAGAUUGAACUGACUGCCAUUCUAGCUUCUGUGUACCUCAAGAAUGAAUUAAGAAGCAGAGUGUUUUACAAUGAUCAGAGGAGUGCUGGGAAUACCAAGCUGCCAGAUUCGUGGGACCUAGCGAUCAAAUUUGGCGAGUGGGAGGUUCCUGCUCUGCCAGACUCUCUCAGAACAAUUUUGAGGUGUGCUAUUGUGACUGUUGAUGGCACAACAGUUACUGUUGAUGGACAGUUUGAUCUGGCUUCUCCACUCAUUGAGGCCAACGUUGAUGGUGCACAUGAAACUGUCCAACUAAUCAAGUUGGGACCAGCUGGAGAUGUUAGAAUAAGGUACAAAGGGACAGCAUUCCAGAGUCAGGUGUUGACUCAGGCUGCCCAUUCCCUCUUGUCUUUAAUUCCUGAAAAGCCCAAGAUGGACCAGAGCAAGCAAGUCUUGUCUCCAAUGCCCGGCCUUGUCAAAACAAUUGCCUGUGCUCCUGGUGAUAUGGUGGCCGAGGGACAAGAACUGUGUGUUAUUGAGGCAAUGAAGAUGCAGAACUCCCUAUCAGCUGCUGCUAGUGGAAAGGUGAAGGCUGUGAAUGUGAAGGCAGGAGACACUGUAGAGGAAGAGCAGGUGUUAGUGGAGUUGGAAUAAAUGAUCAGGGAAUUGGAAUGAACACCUGCAAGAAUACAUGAUGAAUCUGAAUGUAAUUUAUCUUGGUGUAUUUGGUUGUCAUUGCAUUGAAAAUAUUAUUUAACCAUAUUAGAUCAGUACAAGAUGGGUCAUAGAAAAGCAGGAAAGAAAAUAGUAAAUUAAAGUUGAGAUUAAAGAGCUUUAAAAGUAAGACAUUGUAUCUUUCUUUUAUUUCAAAUGUACAGUUUAUAGAGGAAAGGAGAUUCUGGGCUCAUCCCUUAUAUGAUGAAUGCACAGUAUUAUCACCUGCAUUCUUCUCUAAUGCAGACGUUAAGUAUUUUCACUCCACACGUCAGAGCAUCAGUCUUCCUCUUCAUCCCAACAUUUUUCUCCUGAAACAGAGGUCUACAUUACAAAUGUUAUUCUUGUUAUACUGUUCUGAAUUAAUUUCUUUGCUUUAGUUUGCUUCAGCAGCACCAAGUGCUGGGAGUAAGUAAAGUUUGUUCAAAGCACCAAUUCAGAUGACUUAUAUAAAAAUGUAUGGUAGAGCAAUUUUUACUUAGAAUCUUUAAUGUUAGCUGUAGAAUCUCCAUGGCAAUGUGGCAGUGUCCGAUGUCAAUAUAGAGAUAUUUGUCUACAAUUGUAAAGUUGACAUAAAUUUGCAGAGUGAGAGGCUACAUCUUGUAUAUACAAAGCCAUUCCAUGGAAGCCUUUUUUUUAUUCUUUAAUUUAUGUAAUAUCAAAUUUAUAUUGUCCAGUAUUAUAAAGUAGAAUAUUUUUUUAUUCUUAGAUUGUAAAUUAAAAGCUGAUGAUGCAUUAUUUAAAUCAAAAAUUGAAAAAUUUGUAUGAAAUUAAAAGCUCGUGUGCAGCUUGUUGUGAUAACUUUUGAAUAAAGAGAUUACUGGUAAAA